CAGUUGUUUCCGCGGCCGGGUUGAUUCGUACUGUCUGCCUGAGGGACAUUGGAUGACUUUGUGCCGUGUUUAGCCGGGGUUGUUGCCUUUAGCUCAUUCAUUUUGACGGGGAAAGAGAACGUCAACGUGAUGGAGGCUCUUAUUCCUGUCAUUAAUAAACUCCAGGAUGUUUUUAACACGGUUGGGACAGAUAUAAUCCAGUUGCCCCAGAUUGCAGUGGUAGGAACGCAGAGCAGUGGAAAAAGCUCAGUGCUAGAGAGUUUGGUUGGCCGAGAUCUCUUGCCCCGUGGGACAGGCAUUGUCACCCGCAGGCCUCUCAUCCUUCAGUUGGUGCACGUAGACGCGGACGACAGAAGAAAGACGGGAGACGAAAAUGACCCCAAUGCUUGGAAAAAUGGGCGCCUUUACAAAGGAGUUGAUGGAGAAGAGUGGGCGAAAUUUCUACACACCAAAAACAAGAUCUACACAGAUUUUGACGAAAUCAGGCAAGAAAUCGAAAAUGAAACCGAAAGAAUUUCUGGCAACAACAAGGGGAUAAGUGAUGAGCCCAUUCACCUGAAAGUCUUCUCACCAAAUGUUGUCAACCUCACACUGGUGGACCUGCCUGGCAUCACUAAGGUCCCAGUAGGAGACCAGCCCAAAGACAUCGAGCUUCUAAUUCGUGAGCUGAUCUUAAAAUACAUCAGCAACCCCAACUGCAUCAUCUUGGCUGUCACUGCGGCAAACACAGACAUGGCCACGUCUGAAGCUUUGAAAGUCGCCCGCGAAGUGGACCCAGACGGUCGCAGAACGCUGGCUGUGGUGACUAAACUGGAUCUGAUGGACGCUGGGACUGAUGCCAUGGAUGUGCUCAUGGGUAGAGUGAUUCCUGUCAAACUGGGAUUGAUUGGAGUGGUCAACAGGAGUCAGCUAGACAUCAACAAUAAGAAAAGUGUGGCAGACUCUAUCCGUGAUGAAUACGCGUUCCUCCAGAAGAAAUAUCCCUCCCUCGCCAAUAGAAACGGGACUAAAUAUCUUGCAAGAACAUUAAACAGGUUGUUAAUGCACCACAUUAGGGACUGUCUGCCGGAGCUGAAGACUCGUAUCAAUGUUCUGGCCGCCCAGUAUCAGUCUCUGCUCGGCAGCUAUGGUGAGCCGGUCGACGACAAGAGUGCCACCUUGCUGCAGCUCAUCACCAAGUUUGCCACCGAGUACUGCAACACGAUUGAGGGAACAGCCAAGUACAUUGAGACAGCCGAACUGUGUGGUGGUGCAAGAAUAUGUUACAUCUUUCACGAGACAUUUGGUAGGACAUUGGAGUCAGUCGACCCUUUGGGAGGACUUACAACCAUAGAUGUGCUUACAGCGAUCAGGAAUGCUACGGGUCCUCGUCCUGCUCUGUUUGUUCCUGAGAUUUCAUUCGAACUCCUGGUGAAGAGGCAAGUAAAGCGUCUGGAGGAACCCAGUCUGCGCUGUGUGGAGCUGGUGCAUGAGGAGAUGCAAAGGAUCAUUCAGCACUGUAGUAAUUACAGUACACAGGAGUUGCUUAGGUUUCCAAAGCUCCAUGAUGCUAUAGUCGAAGUGGUUACCUCUCUGCUCAGAAAGAGGCUGCCAGUGACCAAUGAGAUGGUUCACAACUUGGUGGCGAUUGAGUUGGCUUACAUCAAUACCAAACACCCAGACUUUGCAGAUGCUUGCGGGCUCAUGAACAACAACAUUGAGGAGCAGAGGCGUAACAGAAUGAGAGAUCUGCCUUCGGCUGUGCCGCGUGAUAAGUCCCUAAAGGGUCCCGGUGGGCAGUCAGUGUCGCCCACCGAGCAGCCAUCUGCUGAGGGCGAAGGCCCUAAGACGGGAGGAGCACCUCCAGGGGAGCAGGAGGGAGGUACGGGUACCUGGCGAGGCAUGCUGAAGAAAGGAGAGGACGGCCAGGGAGACGACAGGAGCAAACAGCAGAGCUCCGGCAGCACCCAGAAAGGACACGCAGUGAAUUUACUUGACGUGCCUGUGCCAGUUACCAGAAAACUCUCUGCUCGUGAGCAAAGGGACUGUGAGGUCAUCGAAAGGCUCAUCAAGUCCUAUUUCCUCAUCGUACGCAAAAACAUUCAGGACAGUGUACCGAAGGCCGUUAUGCACUUCCUGGUAAACCAUGUGAAGGACAGCUUACAAAGUGAACUGGUGGGACAGCUUUAUAAAUCAGCCCUGCUGGACGACCUCCUCACAGAGUCAGAGGACAUGGCCCAGCGCCGCAAUGAAGCUGCAGAUAUGCUGAAGGCCUUGCAGAAAGCCAGUCAGGUGAUCGCUGAGAUUCGAGAAACGCACCUGUGGUGAAGUCCCACCCAGAUAUUCGCUCAAGCCCUGUGGCCCUUCCUGUCUGGAUCUCCCAGAUAGCCAACUUGAAAAAUGCACUGCUGUCAAUUUGUGUGUAACGAAUAUAGUUUUAUUAUGAAUGCCAUGGACUUUUCAUGAGCUACUUUGAGGGCAGCACUUAUCACGUCACACCUGCACACGUCCCGUUCAGUGAUAUCUUCUUUCAUGUAUGUAAGCUACCAUGUAAGCUCCAGAUAAUUUGUGUGGACCAUGUGUCUCUGAUGUAGCCUAAAUUAAAGAUCGUCAUAUGAAAAAAUGAAUGUUGUGUCCUGGGCUGUAACAAAAAGCUGUGCUAUAUAGGAAGUAGAAAAAAUGUAACGGUUUCAUUUGUAACACAGGCUAUAAAUAUUUAAUUUCAUUGCUUAA